GCGGAAUUAGAAAAGAAACAGAAUGAGACAGAGUACAAGAAACAGCUGGGGAAUACCGUACAGUACGGGAAUGUUAUACAGUUAUUACAUCUCAAGAGUAACAAAUACCUGACCGUUAACAAACGACUCCCCGCCCUGCUGGAGAAAAAUGCCAUGAGGGUGACACUGGACAUCCAGGGGAAUGAGGGGUCCUGGUUCUACAUUGAGCCGUUUUACAAACUCCGACAGUCAGGGGACGCGGUGGUGGUCGGGGAUAAGGUGGUUCUGAAGCCGGUGAACGCCGCCCAGCCCCUCCAUGCCAGUAACUACGACCUCCCAGACAAGCAGGGCUGUAAGGAGGUGAAUUCUGUGAACUGUUCGACCUGCUGGAAAAUGACCUUGUUUAUGGACUUUAAGGAAAACAUGGAGGAUGUCCUCAAAGGGGGAGAUGUGGUGAGACUGUUUCAUGCAGAGGAGCAGAUGUUCCUGACGGGGGAUGAAUACAAGAAGCAGCAGUAUGUUUUCCUGAGGGCCACUGCAAGAACCACAGCUACCACCGCCACCAGCUCCAAGGCUCUCUGGGAAGUAGAGGUGGUGCAGCAUGAUCCGUGUCGGGGUGGAGCAGGGCAGUGGAUGAGCUUGUUCAGAUUCAAACAUCUGGCCACGGGGCAGUACCUAGCAGCAGAGGUUGACAAGGACCCUACCAAUGACCCCAUGAGGAGUAAGUUACGAGGGCCCCCCACAAACUCCGUCUUCACCCUGGUGUCUGUGCCCCAUGGCCACGAUGUGGCGACCAUAUUUGAACUGGAUCCUACAUCACUGACCAGAGACACCUAUGUACCAAGGAAUUCCUAUGUCCGGCUCCAUCAUCUAUGUACUAACACCUGGGUCCACUCUACAAGUAUAGCUAUAGAUAAGGAGGAGGAUAAACCAAUCAGAAAAAAGGUGGGGUGUGCGUCUAUUAAGGAGGACAGAGAAGCCUUUGCGGUGGUACCCGUUUCCCCACAGGAAGUAAGAGAUCUGGACUUCGCUAAUGACGCCAGUAAAGUUCUGUCAGACAUCGCAAGCAAACUAGAGAAAGCCUCCAUCACCCAGAACGAAAAGAAGUUUGUGACCCAGCUGUUGUCUGAUCUGAUCUACUUUGUGACGAUGCAGGAGUCACAUAAUUCUACUGGGGACCCCCUAAAGGUGGAGAUGACGAAAUCCAAGGACUGCAGGGAGCGGCAGAAACUGCUCAGGGAACAGAACAUCCUCAAACAAGUGUUCCAGAUUCUGAAGGCCCCGUUUGGUGGUAAGAAUCCUAUAGUAGAGAUGGAGGAGCUGGCUCAUCAAAGACAUCAACCAUUCCGACAGAUCUGUAAACUGUGUUACCAUAUACUGAGGCUGUCCCAGCAAGAUUACAGGAAAAAUCAGGAGUACAUUGCCAAACACUUUGCCUUCAUGCAGAAGCAGAUCGGAUACGACGUCCUGGCCGAGGAGACGAUCACAGCACUGCUAAACAACAACAGGAAGUUACUGGAGGCCCACAUCACCAAACAGGAAAUAGAGACGUUCGUCAGCCUCGUCCGCAAAAACAAAAAACCCAGAUUUUUAGAUUACCUCUAUGUGCUGUGCGUCUCUAACAAUGUGGCCAUCCCCGCUACACAGGACCUCAUCUGUAACUGUCUACUUUUGGAGGAGAACAAGGACAUCCUCAUAGAAACAAGGUUGGAGAAGACCCAGAUGGAGGUUGAGAUGGAGGUCGAGACGGCGGACGGAAUCCCGGCCUCUGAGCCGAUUGUUACAAUAGAGGAGGAUGAGGUCGUCAUGUUGUACUGGGACUGGGGCAAUAAUAACACCAGUCCUUAAUCCAGAAACUUAAGUGAAACUCGGGUUAGACAACUACAGGUAAAACUCAUGUCAGAGGACUCAGCUGUACUUGAGUACUACAGGCAUCAGCUGGAUCUGUUCUCACACAUGUGUCUGGAUCGUCAGUACAUCGCCAUCAACCAGCUCUCCAAAGAUCUGGAAAUCGAUCUCAUUCUCAGGUGUAUGUCAGAUGAAAUCCUGCCCUAUGACCUGAGAGCCUCGUUCUGUCGACUGAUGUUACACAUGCACGUAGACCGCGACCCCCAGGAAAUCAUCAAACCCGUCAAGUACGCCAGACUGUGGUCCGAGAUUCCAACCCAGAUCUCCAUAGAAGACUACGAGUCUAACAUUGGUAAGGACCCGGAGAAGGAGAGAGUCAAGCCAAAGUUUGCCUCCACCAUCCUGUUUGUAGAGGACUACCUACUGAACGUGGUGUCACACGACGGAGCAUUCGCCGACAAGAAACAAAACAAACUGACGUACGAGGUGGUGAACCUAGCCAAGCAGUUGAUCUACUUUGGUUUUUACUCGUUCAGUGAUCUCCUGAGACUGACUAAGACACUACUGAGUAUACUGGACACCAUCCCCGAGAAAGAGAUCUCCCCCGCCGCCCGACCAGUCGUAUCUGUAGGGGACGAACCAGACAAGGCCAUUAUAUCAGAGGUGAUUCCGGCCACUAAAAAGGUCGAGGAAGAGGUGGAUACAAUCGUCAUGGAUACCAAACUUAAAAUUAUAGAAAUCCUGAAGUUUAUUUUGGAUGUUCGGCUGGACUACAGAAUUACGUGUCUCCUCUCGAUAUUUAAACGAGAGUUUGACGAGAAUAACGCUCCCCGGGACACGGAUGGUCUAGACUUAGACAGCAUAGGACAGCAGGCAGAGGACAUCUUUGGAGGAAAUGCUGAGACCUCCAAGCUUGACCUAGAUGAGCAGGGAGGGAAGAUGUUUCUGAGGGUGCUACUGAACCUGGUGAUGCACAAUUACCCCACCCUGGUGUCCGGGGCCCUACAGCUUCUGUUCCGACACUUCAGUCAGAGACAGGAGGUCCUCAUGGCGUUCAAACAGGUUCAGUUGCUGGUGACGGCCAGUGACGUGGAGAACUACAAACAGAUAAAGACCGACCUCGACGAACUCCGCAAUCUGGUCGAGAAAUCGGAACUCUGGGUCUAUAAGGUCAAACACGACGAUAGCAAGAAAAAACACAAAAAUAGUGGGGAGGAUAAGGAAAACAAAGAAGAGAAAGGUGAAGGAGAAGGAAAGAAAAAAACCAAACAUCAGCUGUCUAUGUGGAAUCUUUCUGGAGAGCGGGGCUCGGCUAUUGAUCUAGAUUUAGGACCACCCAUAGACCCAACCUCAGCAGAAAACUACAAAAAAAUCAAACAGAUUUUGUUGAGGCUGACUAAACUGUGUAUCCAGGACACAGCAGAGCCCGGUGUGAAGAAACCAAGGAAACACGAACAAAGACUACUGAGGAACAUGAGCGCUCCCAAUGUCGUCCUGGAAUUACUGCAGAUCUCAUACGAAACGAAUGAAGACGUUAGAAUGCAUGAGGUGAUGAAGUACGCUCACGAAUUUCUGCAGAGUUUUUGUCUGGCUAAUCCUCCCAACCAGGCUCUACUGCAUCAGUACCUAGAACUGUUCCUGACCCCAGGGUUGCUGGAUGCUGCGACAAUGACAGCUAUUUUCCACGACAACAAGAGCCUGUGUAAUGAGGUCACGGAGCGUGUCAUACAACACUUUGUCCACUGUAUCGAGACCCAGGGCCGUCACGUGCCCUACCUCAAGUUCCUACAGACCGUGGUUAAGGCGGAGGGCGAGUACAUCAAAAAGACACAGGACAUGGUGAUGGCAGAGUUGGUGAACGUCGGGGAGGAAGUUUUGCUUUUCUACAAUGAUAAAUCCUCUUUUGAGACCUUUGAGAAGUUGAUGCGAUCUGAGCAUGACCUUUGUGACCCCGCCAGCCCCCUGAUCUACCACAUUAACCUGGUGCAGCUGUUGGCCCUGUGUACGGAGGGAAAAAAUGUGUACACUGAGAUCAAGUGUCACUCCCUGCUCCCAUUGGAUGAUAUUGUCAGAGUGGUCACUCACAAGGACUGUAUACCAGAGGUGAAGACGGCAUACAUUAACUUCCUGAACCACUGUUACAUUGACACGGAGGUGGAGGUGAAGGAAAUCUACACCAGUACUCACAUGUGGACAUUAUUCCAGGAUUUUCUGGAUGACAUGGGCAGGGUAUCUACAGCAACCACAGACAGGAAGCAUGCGGACCUGGCCCUGGAGAAUUACGUGACGGUGACUAUAAUGAGCGUCAUUGACACCUUCUUCAGCUCGCCUUUCUCUGACCAGACAACGACGCUACAAUCCCGGCAGCCCGUGUUUGUCAAGCUGUUACAGGGAGCGUUCCGUGUGUCGGACUGUCCGUGGUUGACCGGCACUCAGAAGUUCCACGUGGAGACCUGUAUAAAGUGCCUUGCUGAUAUCGCUAAAAACCGAGGAAUAGCCAUUCCUGUGGACCUGGACAGUCAGGUCAAUCAAAUGUUUGAGAAAUCUAACAACGUGAUGAACAAAGCCAAACUGUGGAUCAAUUCCCGAGUCAACAAACGUGAGUCUAUAGCAUCAGUGUCCCGGGACUACCGCAACAUCAUCGAAGGUCUACAGGACAUUGUUACCCUGUUGGAGAAGCAGUUACGUCCCUUGGUCCAGGCUGAGUUAUCUGUCCUUGUGGAUGUGUUACAUUGUCCGGAGGCGCUGUUUCCUGCCGGCACUAAGUGUGAGAUCGGAGGCUUCAUCUCAAGACUGAUUCGUCACACCAAGUGUCUAUUGGAGGAGAAGGAGGAGAGCCUGUGUAUUAAGGUUCUACAGACCUUACGUGAAAUGAUGACAGUAGACAACGAGUAUGGAGAAAAGCUGGAUAACAAGACAAAAAAGGAGUUAGACGAUCAUCGCCGGGGGGAGGCCCUGAGACAGAGUCUUUUGGCGCAGUACUACGAGAAGGUCCCCCUCCGAGGUCGAGAUGGGGGUGGUGGCAGGGGAGGGGGAGAUGGUGGGUCAAGGAAUAUGGCCUUAGGGAGGGAGAGAAAGUCCCUCACAGAAGUACAGUGCGGUCUGGAGAAGGAGGGGGCAGUAGAUCUUAUAGUGGAUCUGAUCAUCCGAGAAACCAAUAACACUAACAACAAAGUGUUCCAGGAGACCGUUAAACUGGGGAUAGCUCUACUGGAGGGGGGCAACACAGAUAUACAGAAAUCCAUCUACAGAAGAUUAACCAAGGAUAAGAACUCGGAGACUUUCCUGAGAGUGUUCUACAACAGGAUGGUGAAGGCUCGGGAGGAAAUCAAAGGAAUCACUGUCAAUACCGUGGAGAGCGAGAAGAAUACAGAUGAACAGAAGGAAAACAAAGAGGCAGCCAUCCAGAGGAGGAACAGAGGAGGUUUAAGACGAUUGGAUGGAGAGGAUGAGCAUGGUGGUCUGCUUCGACUUCGCCGGGCAGCGCGUCAGGGUGAGGACCAGGAGGAGGGGCGGGGACCUCACCCCGGGAGUGAGGAGGCCGCCCUGGAGAAAGACAAGAAAGAGAAGGAGGAGAAGAAACUGCCCCCCAACGUGGCCCUGAUGAAGUACAUACUACGAUUCCUCCAGCUUCUGUGUGAGAACCACAACUCUGAUUUACAGAAUUUUCUGAGACACCAACAAGGCCAUGCUAAACCAUACAACCUGAUCUGUGAGACACUACAGUUCCUUGACUCUAUAUGUGGCAGUACAACAGGAGGGCUGGGCCUGCUGGGUCUGUACAUCAACGAACACAAUGUGGACCUCAUCAUACAGGCCCUCACUAGCUUGACAGAGUACUGCCAGGGACCGUGUCAUGACAACCAGAAUGCCAUAGCUAUGCAUGAGAGUAAUGGGAUAGACAUCAUUAUAGCACUGCUGUUGAAUGAAAUCAACCCUCUGGGGAAAAACAAACUGGCCCUAGUACUGGAGCUCAAGAAUAAUGCCUCCAAGUGUCUAUUGGCUAUAAUGGAGAGUCGUCAUGACAGCGAGAAUGCUGAGAGAAUCCUGUACAACAUGAAUCCAAAACAACUGGUGGAGUCGUUAGGUUUGGUCUUUAAGCUGGCUACAAUGGAUGGAUCGGUUAUCUCCAAGGUGGACAUCGCUAAGAAUGCCUUCCACCAGGAAGCCUCCAUUGACGAUGACGAAGAAGAGGAGGGAAAAGAGGCGUCGCCCAAAGACGUAGGACACAACAUCUACAUCCUGGCUACACAGUUGUCCCUACACAGUGAGAGGUUGGCCCACUUGUUGAAGCCCAGUGGAGAUUUAUGGGGAGACCAGGCUUUAGAAUUUUAUGAGAAACACACUGCUCAGAUUGAGAUCGUGAGACAGGACCGGUCUAUGGAGAGGAUUGUGUUCCCGAUCCCCGAGAUCUGUGAGUACCUGACGGAGGAGACAAAGACUCGUAUCUACUACACCACCGAGCGAGAUGAGCAGGGCAGCAAGGUCGCCGACUUCUUCGAGAAAGUGGAGGACAUGUUUGCCGAGAUGAGAUGGCAGAAAAAACUGAGGGCUAACCCCUACCUGUCAUGGUUCAGUAGUCACAUGUCCCUUUGGAGCAGUAUCACCUUCCAGUUUGCAGUGCUCCUUAACUUCUUAGUGGCCUUCUUCUACCCAUUUACAGAGGUCAAGAAAGAACUGGACCCUAAGCUCUCCGGUUUGAUCUGGACGGCCAUGUUCGGUUCCCUGGCUCUGGUUACUAUGGUGGGUGUCAAUCCAGCAGCCAUCAGAACAUUUUUUAUUUCCACGAUUUUCCGGUUUAUUUUCUCUGUGGGACUUGACACUACACUGUGGUUAUUAGGAGCUAUUAAUGUGAUAAAUAAAGGUAUAUUUUUGAUAAGUAUGAUGGGAAAUCAGGGGACAUUCACUAAGCUGCCCCGACAGGUGCUGACAGACUUCAGAUUCAUGUACCACAUCAUCUACCUAGUGUUCUGUAUCCUAGGACUGUGUGUCCACGAGUUCUUCUACAGUAUAUUGUUACUGGACGUGAUCAACAGAGAGGAGACGCUGUGGAACGUGAUUAAGUCGGUGACUAAGAACGGCCGCUCCAUCAUCCUGACGGCGGUCCUGGCCGUCAUUAUCAUCUAUCUCUUCUCCAUCAUUGGCUACAUCUGUUUCCAAGAUGACUUCCUGUUGGAGGUCGACCCCAUACCACAGCUGAUAGGGGAAGCGGUGAAUGAUACAGAUAAUGGUACGUGUGACAGUCAGAACUGUAGUACUGUAACAGAGGGUGUCAGGGCAUCACAGGAUGUGACAGCAGCUGACACCACAGAGGAUGGUAAACAGAGAGUGUGUGAUUCCCUGAUCAUGUGUAUCCUGACCUCCCUCAACCACGGCCUCAGGAACGGCGGGGGGAUCGGUGACCUGCUCAGAAAACCGGACAUCAGGGAGAACCUGUUUGUGGCCCGGGUCGUGUAUGAUCUUCUAUUCUUCUUCAUUGUUAUUAUCAUCGUCCUUAACCUCAUUUUUGGUGUCAUCAUCGACACGUUUGCUGAUCUCAGGAGUGAAAAGCAGCAAAAAGAUGAAAUUCUCAAAAAUACAUGUUUUGUUUGUGGACUAAAUCGAAGCAAUUUUGACAACAAAUCUGUUUCUUUUGAUGAACACAAGUCAAAGGAACACAACAUGUGGCAUUACCUUAACUUCAUUGUCCUUGUCAAGGUCAAGGAUCACACAGAAUUCACUGGACCAGAGAGCUAUGUGUACCAGAUGGUCAAGGAGAAAAACUUGGACUGGUUCCCCCGAAUGAGAGCGAUGUCUUUAACAGCUGAAGACAGUGAGGGGGAACAGAGUGAUUACCGAAAUCUACAGGCUCAGCUGGACGCCACAAACCGACUGGUCAAGAAUCUGUCUAAACAGCUGACUGAUCUAAAGGAACAGAUGACAGAACAAAUUAAACAGAAGAAGAGAACAAAAUUUCUGACAUCGGCUACACUGAACAUGUAGAACUUGACACUUGGUGCUUUUGAAUCGAUUUCUCAACUGCCACAUCGAAUGUAGAACUUGCCACAUGGUGCUUAAAGAGGCAACACUUAAGCAUAUCAAGAGAUCUGAAUUCAGAAACCACCAACUUCAUAGACCCUUUCCUUGUCAUUGUUAGAAUGUAACCAUUUCAUUUGUGAAUUCAGUGAACAUUGUGAUUGUAAAUUGUUGAAUGUUUGUAAUAUUUAAUUAAACUGAGACUCACUUUUUUUCCUACAUUGUUAAUUUUUUCAGAGGAAGAAGUGGUGAUUGUAUAUUGUGAUGAAUUUUUUAUUAUUUACAAUGUAAGUUUGACCAUGAUGACUGUCCUAAUGGAUUCUUUGAUUUGUCUAAAAACUGAAAUUAAAUAUUUGCCAAAAAUGCUUUUAAAGUGCAAUGAAACAGAGAAAUGGCAGCUUUUUGACUGCAGCAAGCAGACCUUUUGUGUUUGUAAGAAAACCAUCAGCUUUGAAGUAUAGCAUAUAUUUGCAAUUUCUCUUUGAUCUUUACAGUUUAAAGUCCUUAAGAUGUUCUAAACAUUCAUGAAAAUUUCCCUUUGUCCAUUCCAUUCAUAAAUUCUUGACAUAGAUGCAUGUUGUACAAUUUAUUUUGUAGGCAGUCAAAAUCAUUUACAAUUCAUGUGUGUUAUUCACAAUUUAAAUUAAAGGUUACAAACAUAGCAUUGCUUUAAUCUAUAUUCCUGACAAUUUCCCUAAAUCGUCUCUUAGAUACUACGCUAUAUGUACAAUAUAAGAAUUAUUGAUGUCGGAUGUAAAUUCAUUAAUUAUGAUAUUUGUAUGAUUGUUAAAACCUAAUGUUCUGCAAAAAGUUUGCUUGAAGUGUAUUUUCCUUAAAUGGGCGAAUCCAAUGCCCCUAACACAUUGAGUGUAGAUGACAAGAUUUCAGUUAUAAGAUUUGUAUAAGAAUAAAAAUCACUUAACAUUAUUAAAAAAAAGUAUACAUUUAUGUUGCACUCACACAAGUUAUUUUAACAUUCAUUUAGAAUUAACAUUUAUUAAGCUAACACGUAUGCUGCCCUGGAUUUAUACAAACUAUCCAAUGUUACAGAAGGCAUUUACAUACAUGUCCUUCAUUGUAAAUUGUGAUGAAAUUUGUGUGCCUACAUUUAAAAGGGCCUACGUUGUUAACAACUGAGGCCUGUUCAGCAGAGCGAACUUUCGCAAGCGCUCGCCAAAAUUCCUUAUUCCUCCAAUAGUAGUUUUGGCGAGUGCUCGCGAACGUUCGCUCUGCUGAACAGGCCUCAGAUAUUAAGUUUAUAUAACACAAUGUGUCAUGCAAAUAAAGUGCAUAACAAACAAAUUGUUAGAAGACUGUGAUAGAGAUUAUAAGAAUAUUAGUUUAUAUAUUUCAUUUAUAUAUAAGUAUUUACAUUGACUAGUAAGUAUAUAAUGAGGUCUGUAUACAUUUAUAUAUUGUCAUGUGACUAAGGAUUUUUUUUUUCACCAAAAAGUGUAAUUCUACAACAUGUACAGAUUUAAAAGAAAAUUCUGUUGUUAUUUUAUGAUGAAGAAUUUUUUUUUGAUUAACCUAAUACAAAUUUAAGAGUGAAUAGUUAUGUUCUUCAAUAAAUGUCCACAUAUUUCUUCAAAAUGGUGGAAGUUAGAACUUGAUGCAUUAAAGUGUGUGUUCUGAUAAAGGUGUGCAUUAUACUGUAACGUGUAGUUAACAAAGAAAUGGCAUUUCAUGUAAAGAAAGUGUUUUGAAUUGAAUAACUACUGUAACCAAUUUAAAUGAGGAUAAUAUUUCUAAUAUGUGAUCAGAGAUCAUUUGAAAGACCUCAAAAAGAUUUUUUUUUUUAUAAAAAAAGGGUAUUUCUCCCAAAAAGUUGUCACACAGAAAUAGACAUUUGUUAUUUGGCUUCUAUAAUUGAUUGGCAUAAAUAUGAUAACUGAACAAUACUGUACAGCCAGUACUGUUACUUACAUAGUUUUAUGUGUCUUUGUUUUCAUAUAUCCUGCCCCCGCCCCCUUGUAAAUGUGAGUGUAUUGUUAGAUCUGGUUGAAGUAUCUCUAAUGUCAUGAUAUUCUUUUUGUCAGAAAACACCAUUAAAUGCAUUUACACAUUUA